GUGGCAAAGAGGAAGAUGAUCCGAGUGGGGUUUUACUUUAAUUAUUAUUAUCUUUUAGGGUUUUUUAUUUUGUGUUUUUGUAAUUCAGUCAGAAAUGUUAAUGGGUCGAUUCACGAGUACAGAAAUGAAGCUUUUAUUGCACAAUCAAAUGCUUUCUUCUUUCAUGGGGGCAGUGAAGGCCUUUACGCUUCCAAAGUUGUUGAUGCCUCUUCUUCAUCUUCUUCUCCUGAUAAGCCUGUCAAGGGAAAGUCCUUUAUUAGGUUUGAAACUGUUACAUUUGUGAGGCCGAAGGAGUCUGCUAGGACGAAGAAUGAGAUGCAGCAGAAAACUGGAUUGGUGGAGGCUAUCAUACUUGAGGUUAAAGAUAGGGAAAGAAUUGGAGGUUCAUUUCUAAAAUUGGAUACCAUAUGUUGCACGAAGAAUCUUUCUAGGGAUGGGUAUUGCAAUAGUGGAGAGGUUAUUAUUCACAAAAAUCUGGAUAACCCCGACUGGCCUAAACGCGUACAAACUUUCUUUGAUGGAACCAACGAAGAAGCUCAAAUGUCUCCUGAUGAUAUUGUUUAUAUAGAUAGAACUGGAAUGUACUACCUCUAUUUUAUGUUUUGUGAUCCAGAACUCAUGGGUACUUUGGUUAAAGGAAGAAGUGUGUGGAAGAACCCAGAUGGUUAUUUACCAGGAAAGAUGGCUUCUUUGAUGACAUUCUUUGGCAUAAUGUCUUUGGCUUACUUGGUGCUUGGCCUAGCAUGGUUUUUGAGUUUUGUCCAAUUCUGGAAGAAUAUUAUGCAGUUGCACUAUUACAUCACCGUGGUGAUUGCUCUUGGAAUGUGUGAAAUGUCUUUCUGGUACUUUGAUUAUGCCAAUUUUAAUUCAACUGGGAGCAGACCCAUGGGGGUUACAUUGUGGGCCGCAUCGUUUACUUCUGUUAAGAAGACUCUGUCUCGCCUUCUUCUGCUUGUGGUCUCUAUGGGCUAUGGUGUUGUCAAGCCAACCCUUGGUGGUUUAACCUCGAGAGUUGUUCUUCUUGGUUUGGUAUAUCUUGUUGCAUCAGAGGCCCUUGAGCUCUUUGAAAAUUUGGGAAACAUCAAUGACUUUUCCGGAAAAGCAAAGUUAUUUUUGGUGCUGCCUGUUACCGUUCUGGAUUCCUGCUUUAUUCUGUGGAUCUUCUCAUCACUCUCCAAAACUUUGGAGAAACUUCAGAUGAGGAGAAACAUGGCUAAAUUGGAGCUGUACCGAAAGUUUACCAAUUCUCUUGCAGUGUGUGUGCUACUCUCUAUAGCUUGGAUUGGAUUUGAGCUAUAUUUCAAUGCAACUGACCCAUUAAGUGAGCUGUGGCAAUUUGCCUGGAUCAUUCCAGCUUUCUGGAAUUUGCUUGCAUACACUCUUUUGAUGGUGAUAUGUGCCCUUUGGGCUCCUUCACGUAACCCUACUAGAUAUGCUUACUCAGAGGAGAUGGGAGAGGACUUUGAUGAGGAGGGUGUCGCGCUGACUGGCACCGGGAUAAAAUCUGGAGAUAUGCAAACUAAGGCGGAUCAUGUGUAUGGCCUUGGAGAAGAUGUUGAGGAGGAUAAGCGGGAAUAGAUUGAUAUUUCCAUUUCUCUGUACUAGGAAUCACUGUUCAAAAGUCAGUUGCACAUCCUGGCUUUUGUCUGUAAAUCUUUCCACUCAAUGAAGGUUGCAUGUACAAAAGCACGUGUGAAUUCAAUGUACAAUGAAUUGAAAGAACAAAGAAAGGAGUUAAAUAUCAGUUUAAGUUUUUUAGCUGAACUUUUAUCUUCUGAGGAUUACAAAUUUAGGCAAUAAACAGAGUUUUUUUUUUCUUUA